AUGGUUGAGGAAGAAAGAUGCAGGGAGACAAACAAUAGAGAAAUGAGGGAAGAAGAAAGGUGCAGGGAGAAUAAUAGAAAAAUGCAGAUGGAAGACAACAUUGGGCAUAACAACAUCGUAUAUGAAUUACAUAACGGUGGUGCUACAUGUACCAAUUGUGGAGUCCUUCUGUUCUAUUGGAUCAUAACUGAUACUUCUAUUUUGGACAAAUCAUUAGAGUUGGGUAAAGGGGGUUCAACUGCAGUUACAUCAAUCUUAAUUGAUUGUCAGAAGCUGGUGGUAGCUAAUGUUGGAGAUUCAAGGGCUGUCGCCUGCAAGAAUGGUGUGGCCAAACAAUUGUCAGUCGAUCAUGAGCCUAGCAAGGAAAGGACAUAUGUCAAGGACAGAGGUGGUUUUGUAUCAAAUUUUCCAGGUGAUGUUCUACGAGUUGGACAGUUGGCCGUAGCAAGAGCAUUUGGUGACAAAAGCUUGAAGAAACACCUCAGUUCAGAACCAGAUGUGUCUUUGGAGAUUGUAGAUGAAGAUACAGAGUUUGUCAUCUUAGCAAGUGAUGGCAAGUGAUGUCAUAUUUGAUCAUUGGCUAAAUUUAGCUAUU